UAAUGGGCAGAAAGAAAAUUCCAAUUACAAAAAUAGAAGAUAAACAAUAAAGAAAUGUAAGUUCUUAAAUAUAGAUUAGAUUACUUUUCAUAAAAGAAAGAUAGGUUUACUUAAGAAAGCAUACGAAUUAGCUUCUUUGUGUGGUGUUUAAAUUUAUAUGGUUUUCAAUGAUCUAUGUAAGAAUUAAUGUAUUCUACAUUAUAUUAGAGGGUAAUGCUAUUCAUUUUAGAACAGAAGAACUAAAUUAAAUAGAAAAUAAUGAUAAAAAGAAAUAUUUAUUGACUCCAAAAGAUGUAAAUUAUUUAUUUCUACACCAGUACCCAAAAUUUAUCACUAGAUCAAAGACUAAAGUUAAUGCUUAACUUAAAGAUUUGCCUAUAACUCCAUUAAAAUUAGUCACAGAUCUAAUGAUAAGCGAGGAGCCAUUAUUUUCUCGAUAUUCAGUUCUAAGUAGACAAUUUUUUCCAAUACCUCAGCCCAAAAGUAAUAAACCUAUAAAUGAAAAUAAUACAUGAA